AUGCAUGAGAAGGAGAUUAGCUUGAUCAAGUCAUCGAUCAAGCCAUCAAUGCAUGAGAAGAAGAUUUGCUUGAUCAACCAAGAAGGAGAUGGCUUGAUCAAGCCAUCGAUUAAGUGUGUUGAACGAGAUGGUUUGAUCACGCCAUCGAUCAAACGUGUUGAUCGUGGUCGUAAUGGCGGCCAACUUGAUCAAGCCAUGAAUCAUGGUCCUAAUGGCCAAGUUGAUCAAGCUGUGGACCAAGGUGUCAAGCCACUGGACCUCACUGUACGUUGCUUCGAUGCGAAUGCGACAAAGAAGAUUGAAGCACGUGCUGUGCAAGGAGAGCCACGAGCUGAAGCCAAGGACAAGCCAAGCAAGACAGCUAAGAUAGAGGACCACACUUGGUCAAAACAAUCCGUCUCUCUAUGCACAGCAGCUGCCCCCAUAUCAGUGGAGCUGACUGAUGCAAACUUCUUAAUGUGGCAACAACAAGUUGAUGUCACUGCCUAUGGAUAUGGGCUUGAAGGAUUUAUGAAUAGAGAAAAGAAAUCUCCACCCCAGACAAUUGUUAUUGUAGAGGGAGAAGGGGGAUCUGUCAUUAAUGAUGAGUUUAUUUCAUGGCAGAGGCAAGAUAGGAGAGUUGCAGCAUGGCUGCUCUCUUCACUCUCAGAAGGAGCUCUGGGCUUGGUGGUUGGCCUGAGGUCUGCAAGGGAUAUCUGUAGUGCCCUUGAGACCAAUUUUGCAAGCAGAUCUACAGCUAAAAUAAUGCAAUAUCGGCAGCAAAUGCAGAAUCUCAAGAAGGACUCUCUGACCAUGAGUGAGUACAUUGGAAAGAUGAGAAACUGCUUUGAUCUUCUUGGAUCAGUAGGCUGCAGAGUAUCUGAAGAUGAGCAAGUGAUGCACAUUCUUGGAGGCCUGGGACAAGAAUAUGAUCCGGCUGUGUGUGCAAUCAGCUCAAGGUCAGACUCAUGGAGUUUAGGUGAUGAUGCUGCUUUUCUACUCACUUUUGAGUCAAGGAUGGAGACUAUGAGAUCUCAUUCCUCCAGCACAGAGGGGUCACAACCUCUUCUGAAUCUGAUGCAACCAUCAAAUCAAAAGAAAGAUUUCACUCCAUACAACACCAGGUUUGAUUCUGGAAGUGGCAGAUGUGGAGCAAGAAAUCAGAGAUGAGGAAGAGGUAGAAGAGGCUAUAGCAGGGGAAACAACAAGGUGGUGUGUCAACUUUGUGACAAACCUGGGCAUACUGUAGCAAAAUGCUGGCACAGAUUUGAGCAAAAUUAUGCCCCUCUACAGCCGCAGCAACCUUAGUUCAGAGGGAAUGCUCAAAAUCAGCAACAUGGCUUCUUUCGUCCAUCAACACACCUGGUGCAUUCUGUUGCAGCUAGGCCUCCUCCAUAUCUGAGCACUGGAGCACCACCUGAGUUUGGCUAUGAUUCAAAUGCUUCAACUAGUUGGUACCCAGAUUCUGGAGCCACUCGCCAUGUCUCUGGUGAUUUAAGCAACCUCAACACCGGUGCAGAAUACACAGGAGGAUCUGGGAACCCGGGAAAUCGUGCUCAAGGGAACUUUUGACAAGGGGUUGUACCAUUUUCUAGUAGACCAUUCACCAAUCAAGAGAAGCUCUAGCUCCACCACUUCCCUGUCCACUCCUUUCAAUCAAGGCAGUCCAGCCAUACACAGUGUCAGAUCCAUUAUACCAGCACCUAGUGCUACUUCAAAUCAAGUUGCUGACCCUGCUUUAGCUUUGUGGUACAAUAGACUAGGACACCCUACUCUAGAUAUUGUCAAAAGUGUUCUCAAUAGUUGUAAUGUCUCGUUUGAUUCAAUGAAUGAAACCCAGUUAUGUCA